AUGGCUUCAGUUAUAUCUACGCUAGGGAAGUCCCGCUACAGAUACGAACCGCUCCAGUUUGCGGACGAAAUACGUUUACUCCAGCUCUCUGGCGGCCCCGAACGCAAGAGGAAGCCGGUGUCCUGUGAAAUUCAUCAUGUCCGACUCAGCCAGAACCCGCCUCCAUAUCAUGCGCUGUCGUAUGUCUGGGGUUCCCCCGACAAAACCUUCGCCGCCCACUGUGAGGGCGGUCAGACAUACAUUCCAGUCACAAAGUCCCUCCACACAGCAUUGUUAGACAUGGCCGUUCCUGGCACUGGAUACAACAUCAAGACUGGGACAAUGAAUGAUAUGCAGAAGCCAGAGGAAUCGCCGCUGUACUGGGCUGAUGGCAUCUGCAUCAAUCAGGAUGAUGUUAGCGAACGAAAUCAGCAGGUCCUCCUUAUGGGAGACACUUACCGCAAAGGUCACCGCGUGAUCACGUAUAUUGGUGAAGGCAACGAGGAACAAUGGCUAGGAAUCAUCUUUGGCGUCCAGCUCCAGCAAUAUGUGCAUAAAAGAUACCCUAGGACUCCAGAUCCCCGGAUUAAAGAUCUGGAUAGGCUGGAAGAAGCCGGUCUCCCGAAUAGGUCGGACCCUCAAUGGCGCUACUUGAGGGACGUGCUUUCCCUCCCAUGGUCGAGUCGAAUGUGGAUCGUGCAAGAGACUAUUUUGAAUAAGAAUAUCAUGAUGCAGUGUGGAGGCCUCCAAUUUGACUGGUCCGUUCUGGGCGAAAUGAGCAUUUUCGCCUCCCGAGGAUACAUCCCUUUCUUGGCCAUUACCGACGAAGACUCGCCCAAUAUUGGACUACCCGCUUCAAGUCCGGACCCUAUGGAUAAAAUGUUCAUGCUCCGAACCCAGGCAGGCGUCGCCAACUAUCAGAGAUUCAGCUGCAUGCGCUUACUACUUAGCAUGUGUCAUACGCUCAAGAGCACAGAUCCCCGAGAUAAGGUUUACGCUUUGGCAAACGUUGCGAAAGACUGGGAUGAACUCGGGAUCGUGCCCGACUAUUCCUGCCCCGUCUGGAAGCUCUACACUGAUAUAGCAUUCCGCAUCAUGAAACGGGAGAGGUCCUUGACCCUUCUAGCUGCGGCUUCCUUUGCGCAAAUAUCGUCUGAUCUUCCCUCCUGGGUUCCCGACUGGUCGAAUCGCCCGAAGGCUGGCUAUGCAAUGGACACCAGCAAUGAGAACAACUUAAUACAUGCCGCUUCCGGUGCUAGUCCGGCUGUGAUUGAUUACGAUGAGUCGAGCCGCUCUCUCCGGGCAGCGGGCGCCGUGAUUGACAAAGUGGAGUUCUUGUCCGAAGUCAUUGGUGCUGCACAGUUCCGAAGGAAGCCUCUGUGGUUCGAGGACACGCUGAAAAUGGUCAAAGACUCCUCUUCAACACCCAUAAGGCUGGGAGGAUCAAGGACUGAAAUGGAAGCCCUAUGGCGGACCUUGAUCAUGAACGUAGCCGCUAUGGAACGACUCAAGCCAGACGUUGAGGCGCCAUCGGACUACGGCUCAUACUUCGAGGCAUUUAUCCGCCUGCAGGCGGGAUUGGCCGCCAUGGAACAAGGAAUCGACCAUCGCGUCACGCAGACUGAGUAUGAAAAGGCUUUGGCGUUCGACAGGGCAUUGACGAAGCGGGUACGCAGUCGCUCCCUCUGCAAGACUGAAAAGGGGUUUCUGGGGUUGGUGCCGGAAGGCACUCGUAGUGGAGAUGACAUCUGCAUACUUCUCGGUGGUAGAAUGGCAUACGUAUUGAAGAAAACCGGCAAUAUCACGAGGUUCGGAGGCGAGGCUUACAUCCAUGGGUUGAUGAAGGGCGAGGCACUGCAAUCAGUUCAAGCUAAUAUCGAACUGAUUGUCAUCAACGCCUAG